UCCCACCACAGCUGUCAGGAAACUGUGUUUGGCUAUAAAUAAAUUUCUGUCGCCCAUCACUGGGCGUCGCUGUGGAUUUCUUUGCACUUUGUUACCAGGAGCCAAAUCUCGCACAAAACCGCGUGGUUUACAAAUCCCGUUCCUCUUUCAACUCGCCUCCAAGAUGCCCACCAAGAAGACCAAGACCAGGAAGCUCCGAGGACACGUCAGCCACGGACAUGGUCGCAUUGGCAAACACAGAAAGCAUCCUGGAGGUCGUGGUAAUGCUGGUGGUAUGCAUCACCACAGAAUCAACUUCGACAAAUACCAUCCGGGGUACUUUGGUAAGGUGGGUAUGAGACAUUACCACCUGAAGAGAAACACAACCCACUGCCCCACCAUCAACCUGGACAAGCUGUGGACGCUGGUGAGCGAGCAGACCAGGGUCAACUAUGGCAAGAAGCCCGACGGACCUGCACCCAUCAUUGAUGCUGUGCGCGCUGGCUACUACAAAGUUCUGGGCAAAGGCAAGCUGCCCAAGCAGCCUGUGAUCGUCAAGGCCAAGUUCUUCAGCCGACGGGCUGAGGAGAAGAUCAAGGAAGUGGGAGGAGCCUGUGUGCUGAUGGCAUAAUGCUCCUGUCAUUGUGUUUUUGCAGAAAUAAACUGUAUAAAUGGAAACUG